UAUAUCAAGACUUUGUAGUUAUUUCUGGGAUCCAGAUUUGAGCCAUCUUGGGUCGUUUGGUAUGAAACGGCAUCAUCAUUGCUCAAUGUGUGCUCCACAGGGAGCCCUCCCAGGGUGCUCUGUCCCUUCUUGCUGUGAAAGAGACUCUCUGGUCUCAAGUGUUAAUCUCCCUUCUCUGAGAGAUUAAAAGAAAAAGGUGGUUUCAUCUCCAGGCAACACCCUGUGUCAAAAAAAUGGUUUCUGUGCAAUAGUCCUGGAAAAGAGAUCCAAGGAGAUAAGAUCAGACUAGAAUGAGAUAACAUCAGCCAAAGCAAUGGUGCCGGAAUUAACAAUAAGGAAAACAAGCAGAGAUGAAUUCAGUAAGUGUGAAAGCUACAGGGCCUGUUGGGCUGGUCCCUGCUCAGUCAGCUGUGGAGAAACACACCCAGGAGAAAGCCCGGCUGCCCCGCAGGCUCACGGAGCUCAGCUCUGCCAUCACCUUCACCAGGAAGGCUGCAGGUAUCCGUGUGCAGCUGAACAGCUCUGGCUGAGCACAGCACCUGCAGAGCCUUUGCUGGAAAAUAAAGGUUUGUCCCCGGGGAGAUCUGCAUGUGGAAACGUCCUCCUCCAGCAGAGAAAAUGGGCCAGAAAGUCUCCCAGGAGGACAACCAGGAGAGCAAGGCUGAAACUCUGGCCAUCUGUGAAGUCUUCAGCCAGGGUGUGCUCCACGCAUCUCAAAGGCUGAAGGACUACCUGGGUUUUGUGGAUCCUCAAAGCAAAUUCCAGCCGGCCACCAACACGCUGAGCGAGAUCUUCCUGGUCAACUUCAUCAGCUUCUGCGUGGGAAAAGGCGUGGAGGAGCAGAUCACCACCAGCAAAAUGACCAAGCAGCAGUCGUCCCUGUUCGGGGUGGACUGGGUCUGGACUCUGUGUGGCUCUGACAAGCAGGUGAAGCUCCAGAUCGCCGUGCAGGCUUUGCAGCCGGCCGAGCUGUUCCGCGGCGAGGGCCCUGCCCAGGAGUGCUGCCGGGAGGCCGCGCUGGCCGACGAGUGCUUCCAGAACAUGAGCAGGUUUGAGAAGCUGGCCGAGUUCUGCCGCCUGGUGGGACGGGACUGCCUGGGCCUGUUCGUCAUGUUCGGCGUGCCAGGGAAGCCCAAGGACAUCCGAGGAGUCCUGCUGGACAGCCUUGCCAAGGAGGAGCAGAAAUGCCGCCUGUCGGGCAGGAAUGCGCUGCGGCAAUUUGUCACCAGCACUGACAGCUCCCUGCCCACAAAAGACAUGCUGGAAAAUUGCCUGGGUACCAAAAACGGGCUGAAGGACGUGGGCAAUGUGUACAUAAACUUCGUGUGAGCAGCUGGGCACGAGCAG